UUUGCGGUCAAGAAGGAAGGUCAUCCAAGCAUGGGGGGCCCAAUGCCAAGAAUGAACCACCCUCGGAUGCCAAUGCAGCCAAACGGUUCCUUUUCUCCACAGAACUACGGUGGUGGCAUGAGACCGCCCCCUGGCUCAAUGCCUGGAGGAAUGCCCUUAUCAAUGCCUGGAGGAAGACCGUGGAAUCCCAACACAUCAACGAUAAACUAUUCUCGAGCAUCACCAGGUGGUUUUGUUGGCCCACCUGGGGGAGGGGGUCAACCUGGUACACCCAUCAUGCCAAGUCCACAAGGCACCCCCCAAGCCAUGUCUACGGACCGGCGUAUGUCACAGGGUAGCUCAAGAAGAGAUUCAACCAACUCGGGUGACAACAUGUACACAAUGAUGAAACCAGUACCGGGUGGCAGUAUGGGACCAGGGAAUUUCCCAAUGGGAUCAGGACCAGAUGGACCUAUGCCUAUGGGAUCACAGGACAUUCCUCCAGUUAUGAACGGUGAAAUGGACGGUAUGAAAAGCUCGCCAGCAAGCAAUCAAGGGCCAGGCGGGCCGGGCACACCUAGGGAAGACAAUGGGGAUAUGGGCGGGCAGCUGUUUACAAACUUCCAGGAUAAUGACCAGAAUGAGUCAGCGGCGAUACUUAAGAUUAAAGAAACAAUGCAGGAAGAGGCAAAAAGAUUUGAGAAGGACACCCCUGGCGAGCAUCCUGACUACUUUAUGCAUCAACCCUAGCCACACGCCCACAUAUACAAAUACCCAAGCACACACCCACCCGCAGCCCUGGUGCCAUGCACCUUAAUAAAAAAGACUGCGAUUUCUGGUGCUGUGACAGAUAAGGAUGUGAAUCACAUGGUAAAUUCUGAUAAAGGGCGCCAAAUUGCACAGCCUUACGGGCCUGGAUUUUACGCAGCAGCCAUCUUUUUUUCCAGGCGUACAUUACUGUAAAGUUCCAACUAAGGUAUUUUUGGACAAUGUUUGUCGAAGAUGGCUGUUUUGUGUAUGGAUAUGUAAAUGAACUGCAUAGCAUGUAUUUAUAAUGCUAUGUACUAACUUGUCUGGUACCUUAGUGAAGGGUGUACAAAGUUAAUAUUCAAAUAGUUCUCAGGUAGAGGCACCAGCCCACUGGACGAAUUUAUCAUGUGACUUAUGUCAACACAGCAGAGGCCAUGUUGAACAAU